UGGAGAGAAUCUUAGCGUCACUAAUAUUAAUGUUUAUUUUUCUUUACAAAUUCUGAGCUUUCUUUGCAAGGUUUAUAGCAGUUCAUAGAGACAACAAAUAUAUCCAUAAAAAUGACUGAAUACAUUGAACACUACAGGUCUCCAAUAAAUAAUUAUCAAUUUGAGGCUGCCCGUCUGAAAAGUUUCCAUAUCUGGCCGCAUUCAUGGAAGAAGUCAGAAGAAUUCGCAGCGGCUGGAUUUUUUUAUACCGGUGAAAGCGACAUAGUGAAAUGUUUCGAGUGUGGUAAAGAACUAUGGAAAUGGAAAGUGGACGACGAUCCAAUGGUUGAUCAUCAGCGGUGGUUUGCAAAAUGUAGGUUUAUUCGUAAAAUUCCAUGCGGCAAUGUACCGAUCAGUACAGAUCCUAGCGCAAUUCCGACAUCUGUGCCGGAAGGCGUAGAUGAAUGUGGAAUUUAUGUUCAAACAAACAUGCCUAAAUCCAGUCCAACCCAUGAAGAUCAAGUGAAUUUUGGAUUGAAAGAACUUGCAUUAAAACCGAGGUAUCCAGUGUAUGUCAAUUAUGCUGCCAGAUUAGCGUCGUAUGAUAAAUGGCCCAAAGCAAUGUCACAAACUAAAGAAGAACUGGCAACUGCUGGUUUCUAUUAUACGGGAAGUGGCGAUGAAACAUUAUGUUAUUACUGUGGUGGAGGAUUAAUGGAUUGGGACCCACAAGAUGAUCCUUGGGUGGAACAUGCCAAAUGGUUCAACCAGUGUCCUUAUUUGCUUGUAACUAAAGGAUUAGAAUUUGUAAACAACAUUAGGAAACCAUAUACUGAAACAGAAACCAGUGCAUCUACAGUUAACGAAUUGGAUAAGAAAGUGGAAAAAGAUGAUAGUGAGAGUAUUGCUAGUGGAAGUACUCAAAACUCGCUUAGUUCUGAAGAAACUAAUAUUGUAGAAACAAGUACUGUAUCAGGUGACAGAGAUUGUCCCAAGGAACAAUCUGUCCAAAUACAGGUUGAUAAACCACGCAACAAGGAUUCAACAUUAUGCAAAAUUUGCUUUACUAGAGAAUUACAUAUUGCAUUUAUACCAUGCGGACAUUUAUUGGCGUGUGCGGAGUGUGCAAGUAAUAUGAAAAUAUGCGGUAUAUGUCGUAAAGAUAUUGAAAUUGCUGUACGAGUGUAUUUCACGUAAGGAGUAUUUUAUCUUUGUAACAAAUAUUCCAUGUGAAUUGUGCAGCAGAAUUUUGUAUUUAUCAUAAUGAAAAUUGGUACUUUAAAGCAAAACUAAAUUACACGAUUCAUAUAGCAUGCAGAUCAAUAGAUGUUAUUAUAUCUGUUGAUCUAUAUCAAUCAUGUGAUUUAGUUUUGCUUUGAAGUACCAUAAAAAGUUCUUGUUAGCUCCUCCUUCCUUCCUCGAUCUUAUUUUCCGUGUUUGAGCGUUGUGACUUCUUUCAUAUGCCUGUGGUGCGCAGUUUGAUUGUACACAGUCAUAAGGGACCUUUAACGUCGAUUCCAAACGACAAUUUUGUUUAGAGAAGUGUACAUGGGAAGAAUAUACUCUCCGGUUGUUUGCCAUUGCCUGCCGAGAGGAGUUACGAGCGUUUAAAAAAAAUUUUCAGUUCUAGGCUUCCAACUUUUUCAUAUAAAAUGUCUGCGCAACGACACACCGACAACUGUCGGUAGGUGUGUAAGAACGGUUAUGGAAUCACUGGAAUUGAACCCAGGAUCUCUUGGCAGCAAUCUCAUGCGCUGCCUGCUACGCAACGCUCGCACUCAA